AUGUUUGAGCCGACGAGGCGGUGGCAACGUGCCGAAGCAGAAGCUCCCCAGGGUGGAUUGGAUUGGAGGGUCAGGUCAAUAGUCGAUGUUCGAGGUGAAAAUCAAAUAAGAAAAUCUGUUAGUGUUCGUGUGUCGUCGUCGAGGCGGGAUAGAGAGAGGGGGGAGAGGACUGAGGGAGCUCGACUUGGUGCUCCGCGAAUCGGGACAGCCGGCGAGUACAAGAAUAAUUGUUUCGUGUUCCAAUGGAAUAGAGAACGCAGGUCUGAGAAACAGGCAGUUAGUGAAAGAAAUUCGGAUGCAGUAAGGUAUCGAGAGAGCGGAGCGAGCGGAGAUGAUGAAAGUCUUACCAGCGUCAAUAGAGAACUCGAAGAAUGCGGCUUCCUCUUUCUUGGGGCUCCAGGGACUUGUUUGUCGGAGUGCGCUGAUCACGUUUGGUUAGAAUAUGUGACCGUUACGAAGAACUCGGCCGUAGGUGGCCGAGUUUUCGCGACCGAAAUCCUGGUGCUGAAUGCAUUUGGACUGAGGCGUGACACGGCGAGUGCACCAGAGGGAUUCGUGGCCAGCAAAAACGAUGACAUGGACACUGCAGCCAAGAGUGCCAGUAGGCAUGUCGUCACGAACGUGGAGAUAUUGUUCAGUCGUUGUAAAGACGAAUACAUGGUUGAAGAGAUUUCUGGUUCAACUGAGCCUGGUGUCGAUGUGGACGAAUCGACAAAGUCCACGGUGUCACAAUCGAGCACCACCUUGCACCCAAAUCCAAUUCACAAG